AUGAUGGCUGCCCUGGACCUGCACUGUGGAAUGGAUCCUGGAGUGGGUGUGUGGAGCGGAGACUUGUUCGACUCUUUCGACUCGGAAGUGCAGCUGUGGGAGGAGCAACUGCAGGAAGUGCAGAGGAAGAUUGAAGAGUUAUAUAAGGUGGUGGAAGCACGCAGGGGAACCAGUGAGAACAACCCAAACUCCAACACUCAGCUGGACAUCACCUUACUUCCUGUCAACAACACCAGUGGUUACCCUAACAACGGUUACCAUGGUAGAAAUAUAAACAGCGUCCCAGUGCAACACAAGAGCUUUAAACACCCGAGUAAUUACACCAGUGACACGUGCAGUUUUGGUGUUAAUCAUCAGAACAACGUCUUUCCGGGUCCUCAGAGCUACACUGUUAACGGCCAGGAUGUGAUGUUAGACAUUCUGGACAGUUACCUCGGGAUAGAAAGUGGGAAUUUGAGCCAAAGCCGAGAGAAACCACAUGGAGCUCCAAGUACGAGCUUGAUCCAGAAUCAGAAGGGAAGUCAUCAGUGGCCAGUGAGUGGCAGGACUGGCUGUGUGUCGCUGGGAGAAUUUGAGGAAGUGCUGAACAGGAAGAAUAAAGGCUCAGCUUGGGACGAAGCACAAGUCCGACAUGUCAGCUGGAAAGACCAGGUCACCUCCGCUGAGAAAUCAGUCAGUAAACCGCUAAUCAAGCAGAGACACAGCCCCCAUGUCUCCGCUCGCCCUGCACACUAUUCCGAUGCGCUGAAAUGCCCUCUAGUGGACCGGAGGUGCGGCAGCCCAUCUGUCCUGAGGAAAUUCGGUGCCAUGUUGCAAGAAAAUGAAGGGAAAACACUGAAUGAGGAUGGAAUUGUAAUCACAUUGGUGCCCAAAUUGGUGCCCAAGUCGCCGAAGCCUGGAAGCUGGGGCUCCAAGAAAGCGCCUGUCAAGGACAAUGAAGUGCCUGUAACACCUCAGAACUGGGAACACAGGGGUGCAAAAGUGGGUGUCAAGACCUCCCACUGGGGUACAGACAAUCUACAGACUGACUUCAAGAUGGCAGAGAGGAUUCUGGGUAAUUGCUCUACACCAUCACCAAGGAACACACCAUCACCACACCAGGCGAGCCGUGACUCAUCCCCCACUGCACCCAGAAGGAGUUUCUCUCGUCCGGCUCGGCCGACCAAUCAGCGGCCUCCGUCCCGGUGGGCAAGCCAAACCCCAACAACUACAGUAACCACGCCUGUCGCGCCUAGAUCCCGCUCGCUCAGCCCUGCCUGUAGAACCAAGCAGCGCUUCAAUAAUUACAGUUUGUACACAGAAACCGUGAUCAUGUGAGCUGGAGGGAUGGACACAGUAAAAGUUUCACCUUUGACCUUUGUCCUUUUGGAAUGUUUCCAUCUUUCAUAUUUUUUGUACCGUUUCACACUUCAGUCUAUCUCAAAGUUCUUUGUGUAUUCUGCUGUGUAUAUAUAUAUAUAUAUAUAUAUAUAUACAGUAUACGCAUUGUAUUACAAACUUGAAUUUAAAGAAAAAUGAAAAGGUAAAGAUCUGGGAUCUUGCUGUAAACUCGUAAAAAUUAUAUACUGUAUACAGUGUUGAUGUAAAUACUAAAAUGUUUGGAGUAUAAUAUAGACAAUAUAGUGCCUGUAAACUUUAUUCAUUUCUCCAUUGUUUUCUAUCAUCAUAUUUGAAGUUGGGUUUGGUUUGGAUUUUUGCUUUUACUUCUUUUUUCUCUCUUUUUAAAGGUGCCACUUGGUUGGUGUUUGAGGGACUGUAAUGUAACUAUAUUAUAUUUUCAGUAUUAAAAUUUUCUGACCUGAUAUGAUCGUAAUCUGUACACAACAUCCCUCCCAAGAAGGACAACAUUAAAUGUUGUUCAGUUAUUUGGUGAAGAAACAUCUGGAGUAUUAUUUAAAGUGGACUUGUUUCUUGUUUAGAGUAGAAACACUCUGCUUUAUUUCUCUUCAUAAAGGGCUUUAUCUCAUUACGGUGUGCUGAAUGUAUCGCUUUUCAUGUCCUCUUGAACUGUCAUAAUUCAAAACUCUGCAGUGUUUCAAACCAAAACUCUAGUUUUCUUUCCUGACUGUGCUGUGAGCCUGAAAACGUUACUUCACACUUGGAAUUUUUUUUUUGUUUAAUAAAUUUUUUAAUGUUAUUAAAGCUUUUGAUCAUCAA